CAGACAAAGACUGAAAGUUCGCCCUUAUUAUCAUCAACUCCUGUCACAGUGUCCAAGAUCCUAGUCAAGUCAUAUCCUUACUUUGUUAUAGCAGAUAAAUUGUUAAGUGUGCUAACUUGGACGAAUGAUGAUGCUUGGUUAAGUCUUUUGGUGGUUGCAGUAUAUGCUACAUUGGUGUUGUAUUUUGAAUCAAUUGUCACUUAUUUUGGACACAUUUUAGCUGUCGCCAUAUUGGUGGCAUAUUCAAUUUUAAGCAAACAUGUUGAAACAACAAUUAGCACCAAACCAACUCUAGAUGAUAUUAUCCAACUCUUGACUAGUGUCACUGUUAAGGCUGACUUGUUUUUGAAUCCAAUUACUUCAUUGGCACUAACUUCAUAUGAUAUCAAGAGAUUGCUUUUCACAACUGUGUUUUUAUCACCAUUAUAUGUGGUUAUAACUUACUUUCUUCUAACACCAAGAACAUUGCUACUAUUAUUUGGGUUGUACUGUCUAACUUAUCAUUCAAUUUUCUCCAGAGUUACUAGAAAAGUGUUGUGGAAAUUCAGAUUGGUUAGAUUGCUAUCAUUUUAUAUGACAGGUUUAGAUUUUGGUGGCAUCAAUAUCAAUAAAGAUUCAGGUAUAUUUGCAGCUGUUAAGAAAGUUAAUGAAAAAGUAGGAAUCAAGAACAAAGAUGGUAAGCCAAUUGUGUUCACUUAUGUUCUUUAUGAGAACCAACGUCGUUGGUUAGGUAUUGGUUGGACACCUAAUCUAUUGAGUUAUGAAAGAACAGCAUGGACAGAUGAAUUCUUGAACGAAUCGUCCCCAACUGAUAAAUUCAAACUUCCAGAAACUGAAGAAGGUUCAGGUAUGGUUUGGAGAUGGGUUGACAAAACAUGGCGAUUGGAUUUAACUAACGAUGGUGCACUUCAACUACCAAGCUCAAAACCUAAAACAACUGCUAAUCCAGGACCUGAUGAUGGGUUCAUCUAUUAUGACAAUACAUGGAAGAAACCAUCGACAGAGGAUUCAUUUUCAAAAUACACAAGAAGAAGAAGAUGGAUAAGAACAGCUGAAUUGGUU